CUGGUGUAUUAUGGCCUAGGCAUUAUAAUAGUGGUUUUAGAAUAUAUUUUGUAUUCGCUUGGGUGCAUUGUUGUUUUGAAGUUGUUUUUCCAUCUGAGCAUAGUUAUGUCUAAAAGAGCUGCAGAAGGAGAUGCAGAUGGCUCUUUGGAGACAAAAAUAACUAAAAGAAGCUCAAAUGUUUUAGGAGACAAGAUAAGUGUGUCAGGAUGCUGUGCAGCUCCAGACCUGCAUGUCCAAGCAUCCAGUCUCAAGUCAGCACCAGAUGAUGCAUCUCACGGAACAAAGUUGCUGGCGGAGACCAUCUCGGACGGCGACCGCGAGUACUUUGCCUCCUACAGCCACCUGGACAUCCACCGCACCAUGAUCGAGGACGAGGCGCGCACUCAGGCGUACCGGCGCGCGAUUCUCACCAACUACCCGCUCUUCCGGGGCAAGACAGUGCUCGAUGUGGGCUGCGGCACGGGCAUCCUGAGCGUUUUCUGCUGCCAGGCGGGCGCGCGCCGCGUGUACGCCGUCGAGGCCAGCGGCGCCGCCGACUUUGCCCGCCAGGUGGCCACCGAGAACGGCUACGGCGAUCGGGUGACGGUGCUGCACUGCCGGCUGGAGGACGCCGCGCUGCCCGAGCGCGUCGAUGUGAUCGUCAGCGAGUGGAUGGGCCACGCGUUACUGUACGAGUCCAUGCUGGAUUCGGUGCUGCUGGCGCGCGACCGCUGGCUGCGGCCAGACGGCGCGCUCUUCCCGGAGCGUGCCACGCUCAAGGUCGCGCUCUGCACGGCGCCCGCCGACGAGCCGGCCGCCUUCUGGCGCGGCGUGCACGACCGCUACCGCGUGCACAUGGAAGUGCAUUCGCACGCGGCGACCGUGGCCGCGCUCGACCUGCGCACCACGCCGGCGGCGGCGGUGCGCGCGCUGCGCUCGGGCCCGCUGGACCUGGUGAGUUUCGGCCGGGCGCGACUGACCGGUCUCGUACUUUGGUUUGACGUGCGCUUCCCGGGCGGCCUGGAGCUGAGCACGUCGCCGUACAGCGCCGAGACGCACUGGGCGCAGACGGUGCUGCCCCUGGCCGCGCGCGACGUGGACCAGGACUGGCGCGCCGCCGGACAGCUCGGCUUGCGCCAAAACGGCCGCCAGCCGCGCAACUGGGACUUCGAGGGCCGACCUGACGCUGGCGGACGCGGCGGCGCCCACCGCGCUCCGCUGGGUGCUGGACGGCGCAGAGGACGUGCCUCGUGA